AUAGAACAAGUAAUCACCAAAUGCAUGAGAGUCAAGAACUUGCUUAAGGUGCUAACGAACACCAAAGCGGGACCCUCCACACCAACACUCAUCUUACUCUUCAAGAGCCUAGUCCAAAGCAUAAUAGACUACGGUCUCAUAGCCUAUGGCAACACCAGUAAAACCAACCUAAAAAAACUUGAUAUAGUCCACCGGGCCAUAAUCAGGAUCAUACUGGGCUCCAAAAUUUCAACACCCAAAGAGAUACUCUAAGCAGAAUCAGACACUGCACCUCUCGCUACCAGAAGAAAGUGGCUAACCAGAAAAUAUUUGAUCAAUCUGAGCACCAGACCCCGCAACCCCGCGAUGUACAAUACGGCGAAGGAACUAUUCGACGACCAAAUGGAAUACCCGACUAGAAGCACCCCGGGGCUGAUAAACGAAAUGCGGUACAUCCAGCGGCUGGGGUUAUCCACGUUCGAGAACACACCACCACCAUUCACAAGCUACAACUACCCCCCACCUUGCAGACCAAUGAUCUGCAAGACACUGUGGUUCCCAACUACAAAGAACAAAGCAAAAGCUAAUCCUGGUGCAGUAGUAGAGAGAUUCAGAACACUACACCAGCAAAUACCAACAACAACGUUGUGCAUAUACACGGACGGGGCAAAAUCGCAAACCUCUAAAACGACCACAUGCGCAAUGUACAUUCCAACGAGAAAUGUCUCCCAAUCGUGGACCAUGGACAGUCAAGCAAGCAUCUACUCAGCGGAGCUGAUAGCCGUACACAAAGCCCUUGACUACACAUACAAACUUGACGAAAACCCACCAGAGGUGAGGGUGUUCUGCGACUCUAGUUCGGUGGUAAAAGCAAUUGGGUCCACCACACCAGGAAACAACGAGACAUUACACCAGAUUAGGGAAACGAUAUCCAGCCUCAAAUCCAGCGGGACACAAACAUCGCUAACCUGGAUACCGAGUCACGUGGGCAUCCAAGGCAACGAAGUGGCGGACAGGCUGGCGCAAACCGAGUGCACAAAACCAUCUGGAGCAAAAGCUAACCAUAAGCUCUCCCCAUCUGAAAAAAUCUCAAUAGCAAAGGCAGAAUGGAGGAAAGACCACCUCCUCUAUCUCAAGACAUGCCGGAAAGCCUGCAUUCAGACUAUGUCCAGGACAGGGCUGACCAAGUGGUUCCACCACAAGGAGAGAGCCAUAACAGUAUGCCUUCACAGGCUAAGAACAGGGCACAACUACCUGAAUUCUUUCAAUCACAGGGUGGACAAAGACGCUGAUCCAAGCUGUCGGGAAGAUUGCGAGGCGAUCGAAAACGUCGAACACAUACUAAUCGACUGCCCGUACACAGAAAACCAUCGCCAAAAAAUCCACCAGCUACUGGCAACCCACAACAUCGACCUCAAUGUUGACUCACUACUCGGCCUCAACAUGGCACUAGAUACAACAGUACAAUGCAAGAUAAGGGACACUCUAGCCAAAUUUCUAAACCAAACAAACCUCGUAAAUAUUAUAUAA